AUGGGUGAAGAGGUUGGAUCUCAGAUGGCAUUGCGAAUGUUUGGUCAUCUUAUUCGGUACGGUGAGCCAGUCAUACGAAGGGCAGUCCCAUUAGCUUUGGCAUUGAUCUCAGUUUCAAAUCCUCAACUGAAUAUUUUGGAAACAUUGAGCAAGUUCUCGCAUGACGCUGAUUCCGACACUGCACAUAAUGCUAUUUUUGCAAUGGGAUUGGUCGGUGCUGGUACGAAUAAUGCUCGUCUAGUAGCAAUGCUUCGAUCGCUGGCCAGCUACCACCACAACGAUCAGGUUUCUUUAAUGUUGGUACGACUUUCACAAGGUCUUACGCAUCUUGGGAAAGGUACAAUGACGUUAAAUCCAUGGCAUUCUGACCGGCAAUUGCUGUGCCCGAGCGCCAUUGCAGCACUUCUUACGAUCUGCUUUGCAUUCUUGGAUGCUAAUAACUCUGUGUUAAACAACCGACAGCAUUACUUGCUGUACACCCUCGUGCUUGCUAUGCAACCACGAAUGCUCGUUACAUUAUGUGUAGACGACAAGAAGCCGGGUCAACUAAAACAGGUCGGUGUAACGGUACGAGUGGGUCAAGCCGUCGAUGUGGUAGCUCAAGCGGGUAAACCGAAGACAAUCACGGGCUUCCAAACACACACGACGCCAGUUCUUCUGGCCUAUGGCGAGCGAGCCGAAUUAGCAAAUGAAGAAUAUAUAGCAAUGACGCCGUAUUUGGAGGGUUUGGUAAUAUUAAAGAAGAAUCCUGAAUAUGACACACCGGUAGCAGCCAAAAAAUAG